AUGAAGAGUGAAGAAACUGAUGAGUUGCAAAAGAAACAGAAACCUCAACCAACUUCAAUAAGGGUUCCUCAACCCAAUGGGACUCUAUACAUAGACCAAGAUGACUCCGGCUGCUUAUGCCCCGAGCGGCGCUCAUCAAACCCCGCCACCAUAGCGCGGUCAGCGCGCCUGGCGCCGGACAUUCAGGCCAGGAGUGGAGAACUGGUGGCUUCGGGGGAAGGGCUGAGGGUCAGGCUGCUGAGCGCCCUGCCCGCUGGUGGAGAGCUGCUGCUGUGGUUCCAUGAGAGCCUGCUAGCUACAGUGGACAUGCCGUUUUUGACGCUCAAAAAUAUUAGAGGUAAAAAAGACUACGUGUGCCAUGACUGCGACGUCCAAUUCGAGCAUCCAAACCACCUCAAAGUCCACCUCUUCCUUCAAUGCAGAGAGUACUCGCCGUCCGUAUUCUGGAGAAAAUUCCACUCGAAACUCACCGCAGCACUCACUCCGACCACAGACCGUUUAUCCGCAUUCAGGCCGUACACAGAAAUAAUAAGUUCCCCAAUACCUGCGCCCGCGCAAUUGGAAGCCUUAGCUGCGGAAUGGGGUAAAUCGACCAACGGUCACUUAUGUUUAUAUUGCGGUAAAAUUUACUCAAGAAAAUAUGGCUUGAAAAUACAUAUAAGAACUCAUACGGGUUAUAAGCCGUUGCGCUGCCGCUAUUGUUUACGGGCAUUUGGGGAUCCGAGUAACUUGAAUAAGCAUGUGAGGUUACAUGCCAAUGAAGGGAAUGAGAGUGGAGAGCAUGCGUGUCCGUUUUGUGGGAAAAGACUGGCGCGUAGGCGGGACUUAUUGAGGCAUGUUCGAGCGAGGCAUGCAGAUGCCUUGAGCUCUAAGGCUGCCUCAUCGCCCUGUGCAGUUCCUUGA